AUGACGAAAAGCAUGAAAGAAAUUUUGAUUGUGCUCAGUGCGAUUCUAGCUGUAGCCACAGCUAAAGUGAUCACAACUGAUCCCAAAGUGAGUGUGAUGGAAGAAGAACUUCGAAAAGAGAUUUCACUAAAAAAACAUUCAUCAUCAUUGCAAGUUAGAACGAUGCAACUGCCACUUGAAUUACCGCCUUAUCCUACGCAAUCCGAAAAUACUGAUCGAACGCAAACGUGUAAAUUGUGCGAAUAUUUAUUGCUAGCAUUUGUUUAUUUUGGAGAUAGUACAAAUGCAAAUGAGGAACAAGUGAAAGAAUUUCUUAGAAGAGUGUGUAUAAAAGUACCUACUUCCGUAGAGAUUAGAGAUGAUUGUCAAAGUGUUGUAAAUAUUUAUGGAGGUGCAAUUGUGACUACACUUGCUAUGGAUAUGGAUCCAUCUCUGGUUUGUUCUAUGAUACGUGUUUGUCCAUCGGAAUCAUUAGUAAAUAUGUGGGAAGAUAUUCCUAAGAAUUUCAUCAGCACCGAAAAAAAUAAGCCGAAUUGUCCAUUCUGUUUGCUUGCAGUAUCGGAGAUUUGUAAUGUUAUUAAAAGCAAUAAAACUGAGACUACCAUUAAAAUUGAAUUGGAUAAAUUAUGUAAUCGUAUGUCACGUACUUCGAACACUGUAUGCACAAAUUUUGUGCAGACAUAUGGCAUAGAACUCAUAGAGUUACUACUUCUAGACUCGUCUAUCGAGAGUGUAUGCAAUUAUCUUAGUUUGUGUGUUCCUGAAAUGUAACUAUUAUUGCAAAAGUACUUAAUAAAUGAAACACAUUUCAGUAUGAUCGCAAUGAAAUACCUGAGUACUCAUUACAUAUAAGUCAAUCCAUGAAAGUAAAUUCAUGAACGAGUUACAUAAGUUCGUGUAAUACAAACUGCAAAUUGAAAGCGAAUCUAAGAAAGCGAGAACAAAGAGAACGAUGUGCUAUGUUUCUUAAUUGGAAAUAUCAGAUCUGUGGAGAUAUUAGCCAUAGC